CCCACGGUCUGCUGCAACCCCUACCACUUCAGCCGCCUCUGUGGGCCAGAGUCUCCACCACCUCCCUACUCUCGGCUGUCUCCUAAUGAUGAGCAAAAGCCACUGGAUCUAUCAGAUUCCACGUUGUCUUACACUGAAACAGAGGCUACAAACUCUCCCAACGUCACGCCCGGAGAUUUCUCAGACGCCAGCACGUCGCCCGAUGCCGUGAAGAGGAGCCAUUGGUGCAACGUGGCCUACUGGGAGCACCGGACGCGCGUGGGCCGCCUCUACACAGUGUACGAACAGUCUGUCAGUAUCUUCUACGACCUACCUCAAGGAAACGGCUUCUGCCUCGGACAGCUAAACCUGGACAACAGGAGCGAGACUGUGAGAAGGACUCGAAGUAAAAUUGGCUACGGGAUUUUACUGAGCAAGGAACCGGACGGGGUGUGGGCCUACAACCGCAGCGAGCAUCCCAUCUUCGUCAACUCCCCGACACUGGACAUCCCCAACUGUAGGACUCUGAUCGUGCGCAAGGUGAUGCCGGGCUACUCCAUCAAGGUGUUUGACUACGAGAAGUCCUGCCUGCUGCAGCACACGGCCGAGCUGGAUUAUGCAGACGGGCCCUACGACCCCAACAGCGUCCGGAUCAGCUUCGCCAAGGGCUGGGGGCCGUGUUAUUCCAGACAGUUCAUCACCUCGUGUCCUUGUUGGCUGGAGAUCUUACUCAGCAACAACCGAUAACGCCUCUGGCGAAAGGAAAACAACAACAAAACACACACACACACACAAAAAGUUUUAAAAAAAGAAAAAAAAGAAAAAAAAAAAAGACACAGACUAUCCCAAAUAUCAUCUACCUAGAUUUAAUAUAAAGUUUUAUAUAUUAUAUGAAAAUAUAUAUUAUACUUGUAAUUAUGGAGUCAUUUUUACAAUGUAAUUAUUUAUGUAUGGUGCAAUGUGUAUAUGGACAAAAAACAGAAAAUGCACUUUGGCUUAUAUAAUUCUUUCAAUACAGAUUUUUAAAAAAAGAAAAAAAAAAACCAACAAAAAUUAUACAGCAAAAAUAGGAGAAAGCCCUAAUUUUGAUGUAUGGUUUUUUUAAAUAUUAUUAAUACCCAGACAAAAAGCUAAUACCAGUCACUCAUUGAUAAUAAAGUAUUCGCAUUAUGGGGGGGGAUUUGUCUUUUUUCUUCCCCCCCCAGCUGAAGUUGGCAGCAGUAAUGAAUGAGUUGGAAGGCUGCAGCUGGUUCCUAGAGGAGGCUGAGAGCCAGGGAGCACUGGGAGCAGGUGAGAGCAAGAUCUGUAGCUCUUCUCACUCAGGGCUGUCUGAGCUCAUGGUGAGGAUGAGGGUGCACAUCCACGUUCGUGCUGAUUAAUCUUCAUCAGUGGGUCUUGGAGAAAAGCAGAUUAUUCCAUGGCCACAAAGCUGCCCAGCAGGAGCAGUUUGGAUUUUCAGCCUUACCCAGGGGUUGUCUGUGAGCCCUGCACGUCCUGGACGUGUUUGAUGGUUGAGAAACAAACGGAGACAGCUCAUGGUUGGGUGGAUCCUCCAUUGGAGCAUGGCCUGGAUUUCGGGAAUGUCUCCAGUGCCUCUGAGGAGUCGUGAGCAGCUUUGUCCUGUAGAUCUCCCACUCUGUCAUCCAGGCAAUAAAUGAUCCAGGAGUUUUUGGGAAGAAUAUAUUUACUCUGAGGAGCAGCUGCAGCCAAAAAAAUGUCCUGGUCAGAUGUGCCUGUCUCGGCUGAUUUACUCUCCCUGGAAAUCCGGGAUAAAAUCAGGAUGAUUUUGCUCUGACUUGUGCUGGGCCUGGCAGGGGCAGGUUGGACACGGGCUUUGCGUGGUCAGGGGAGUUAUUUAUUGCCAGGGCGUAGCUCUGCCAAGUCCUCUAGAGUUCUGCUGCAAAUCCCUGUGCCUUUGAUUCCCAUAAAAUCCCAGCCUCUGGAGCCCAGGGACUGGGAAGCUUUCGAGGUUGCAGAGGGUGUUUCUGUCACCAUCAUUUUUCCAGAGAAAAAGAUGCAAUGAGACCUCCAAGAAUUAAAUAGGGCCUAACUUUGCUCCUCAGAAGCCUUCCUGGUGCAUGUCCUCCUGCAUUUUGGCACCUGCACCUGAUGUUCCUGCCACAGCCGUGAGUGAGGGUGGGGAAUCACAGAAUUGUGGAAUCCUGGAAUGGUUUGGGUUGGAGGAGAGCUGAGAUCUCAUCUUGUUUCACACCUUCCACCAUCCCACUGUGCUCCAAGCCCCAUGUCCAACCCGGCCUUGGACACUUCCAGGGAUGGAGGAUGGUGAGGGCUGCAUCCCACAGGGAAGCACAGAAACCUGGGUGGGACCCAAGCAGGGAAUGUCGCAAUGACAUUCCAGCAGUCAUUUUUCAAAUUAUAACCAUAUUUGAUGUUUAAUUGGGACCACAUUGGUUGAAUUCCUGCAGCAUCAGUAUUAAUACUUGACAUCAUUAAUUUUUGUUUGUGUUACAGCCACUCUGAGGGAACGGUGUCAAAACAUGUCACUCUCAUUUAAAGCAGCUUUCCAAGAGCUUUGCAGGGGUUUUUUUAUCCCUUUGCCUUAGGUUUGGUGGGUCCUGCCAAACCACCCACCUCCCUCUCUGUAUCGCUUUCACACCGUCCAUCAAGAGGCCAUUUUUAGGUUCUGGGGGCUUUUUUAAAGAGAUUUCUCCUAAUACUGUCCUCAGUUUACCUGGGAAACAGCAGCAAAAGUUGUUUUCCCUGUUUCCUUUCCUUUUUUCCAGCAUUUCCCAUCACCACAUUCACACCUUUGCUCCCUGUUCUUGUGCAGCAGUGCCACCUUUUUCCACUUUCUACCCACUUCAUCCAGAUUUUGGACAAAAAAAAGCACCAAGGACAGAUUUGAGGGUUAACUCUGGGCUUUCCCUUGUGCAAUCCACUGAUGGUGCUUAAUUCUCUUUUUUUCAUUACUCAUGCACUUCCCCAGGAAUAAAUCUGGAGUUUUAUUUCAGUUGACAGCGGGGCUUUAAAGGGAAUAAAAAAGGAUUUUAUGGUGAGGCAAUGAAAUAAGA